AUGUCCUUCCAACAGUCUGUAUUGCAGAGAAAAUCUGACGCUAUGGGAUUGGCUAGGCCAAAACUCAGUGGCGGUGACGUACUGUCUUCGAAGAUGUCAUUUCCCGAUUCAAUACGGCUAGAACCCAUCCGAUUACCCCGUCCGACCAUUCUACGAGAGCAGCCACCAGUUUUUGACAUCAGCAGCCAACAGCAAGAUUUGAUGUCAUAUCCUCGUGAACGGUUCCGCGUACCAUAUGCGGCUACCUACUCGCCACAUUCAUUUCCAGAUUAUUUGAGAGUCCGUCAAAUGGACACCGUUGAUCCAGUGGAUGUGUACGACAGACAGCUAACUCGAUCUGUAUCGCCAAGAAACUUGACAUAUCUUGGUCCGGAGGUUGCGCCACUACAAAAGAUUCGGCCACCUGUUCAAGAAGAUCUUUACUUCGCAGGACAGCCUCUACGAGAAUCUCCACCGAUUCCAAGAGUAGCAAGUAGUCCACAACAAAUACAGUAUCCUCAAUCAGCAGUAGCGGGAACUGCACCUACCGUAACGGAUAUGGUACAAAGCUCCCAUCAAUCGAGCGACGCCCAGACCGUUCGAGCCCGAGCGCUUGCCCGGAAUCCAUUUUUGGGUUAUCAACGGAUUAUCUUCAUUUUGGCCAGAUAUCCAGCUUUGGUGUUGGCAAUGGUGGCUUUGUGGAAUGUCACAGGACGUGGCAAAGGAAUGCCCAAAAGCAGUACCGAAGAAAUUGCUUUUUACGCUGCUCUGACCACAGCUGGUAUUAUACUAAUCUCACAAAUGUUACUGCACAGUAAUCACCAUGGUUCCCUCAAAAAGGCACGGAUGAUGUGCUAUUUGUACCACUUCGUGAUGAUCGUUGCCUUUUGCACUGCUCUCGUAUGUAUAGUAUUCGCUGUCAUCAAUAUCAACACAUUUCGAUCAAAAACGUAA